AUCCCUUUCUGUUAUUUUUUCUCUUUCCUCUUUUAUAAAUUCUUUUUUACCCCCCCUCUCUCUCUCUUAUUCUUUAUUAAUUCAAUAUGGAGGUUGCCUUGUUGCAAGCAAAGAAAUCUUGCCCUUUUAUUCAUGUUGCUUCUGCUUCUUCUCUCCGCAGACUUACCUCUGGCCCUAAUAUCAAUCCUUUGAUCACCAAGGCCAAGCAAUGCCCUGUCAUGAGUCAAGCCAUCUCCUCCCGUUCAAUUUCUACUUCUCGUGCUGUUUCCCAAGCCCCUUCUAAACCUGCCAAGGCUGCUACAAUUACUGGCAGUCACACCCGGGGCCCCAUCGAUCCCACUGCUGUUGUUUCUCAUCAAACCAAGAAGCAUUUUGACUAUGAAAGCUUCUAUCAAGAGGAAUUGGAGAAAAAGCAUAAGGAUAAGAGUUACCGUUACUUCAACAACAUCAACCGUUUAGCUCAAAAAUUCCCCCGUGCUCACACUGCUCGUGUAACGGACGAAGUGACCGUCUGGUGUGCUAACGAUUACUUGGGCAUGGGAAGAAGUCCUGUCUUGACUGAUACCAUGAAACGUACUUUGGAUCGUUACGGUGCUGGUGCUGGUGGUACUCGUAACAUUGCAGGAAAUGCUGAUCUUCAUUUACGUCUUGAGUCUGAAUUAGCUGACCUUCAUCAUGCAGAAGGUGCUCUCGUGUUCUCUUCUUGUUAUGUUGCUAAUGAUGCCACUCUCUCCACCUUGGCUUCUAAGCUACCUGGUUGUGUCAUUUUCUCUGAUGCUUUAAACCAUGCUUCCAUGAUUCAAGGUAUGCGUCACUCUGGUGCACCGAAAAAGAUUUUCCGCCACAAUGAUAUGGACCAUUUGGAGCAACUCUUGCAGUCUGUAGACCCCAGUGUUCCAAAGAUCAUUGCCUUUGAAUCUGUUUACUCUAUGUGUGGCAGUAUUGGUCCUAUUCACAAAGUAGUUGAAUUGGCCAAGAAGUACGGUGCCAUUACUUUUUUGGAUGAAGUCCAUGCUGUUGGCAUGUACGGUAGCCGUGGUGCUGGUGUGGCUGAACACUUGGAUUUCGAAUUGAACGCUGCUAACCCUACCCGUGGCAACGGUAGUAUCAUGGAUGAAAUUGAUAUCUACACUGGUACUUUGGGUAAGGCUUAUGGUGUUGUUGGUGGUUACAUUGCUGGUUCUGCUUCCUUUGUGGACAUGAUUCGUUCUUAUGCUCCUGGCUUUAUUUUCACCACUUCCUUGCCUCCUGCUGUUGUUUCUGGUGCCUUGGCUUCUGUUCAAUACUUGAAAGAAUCUAACGCUGAGCGUCAUCUUCAACAACUCAACACCCGUACUGUCAAGUCUCGUUUGGGUGAAUCUGGUAUCCCUGUGAUCCCUAAUCCCUCUCAUAUUGUUCCUGUUCUUGUGGGUGAUGCUGCUGCUGCCAAGUUGGCAUCUGAUGAAUUGUUGUCUGAACACAAUAUUUAUGUUCAAAGCAUUAAUUAUCCUACUGUUCCCGUUGGUGAAGAACGUUUGAGAAUUGCUCCUUGUCCUGGUCACUCACCUGAAAUGAUCGACCAUCUUGUUGACUCUUUGGAAACUAUCUGGUCUCGCUAUGGAUUUAAGCGCGUUCAAGAUUGGGCUGCUGAAGGUGGUUGUGCCAGCGUUGGUGUUCCCAAUGCCGUUGAACCUACUCCUAUUUGGACCGAUAAGCAACUCGGUCUUGACAAGAUUGACGAAGAACAAGUUGUCAGCAACACUGUUAACUAAGAUUGAUAAUAAAGUCUUAUUACACACAUAUACUUUAUUCCAGGUUUACAUGUCUUUUGAGUUACGUGUGUCAUAAUAUACACGCCAUUUCAGGAAAUAGAUUGUACAAUCAAUGUGAAACAAACGAAUGGGAAGAAAUUUAAAGUUCAAGUGCAUAUGAUUAUCUCAUGCAACAAAAAUGGAUUGUACUUUGUUCUAUUGAGGU